AUGGGAAAAACGCAUAUAUGGGAAAAACGCAAAUAUGGGAAAAACGCAAAUAUGGGAAAAACGCAAAUAUGGGAAAAACGAAAAUAUGGGAAAAACGAAAAUAUGGGAAAAACGAAAAUAUGGGAAAAACGAAAAUAUGGGAAAAACGCAAAUAUGGGAAAAACGCAAAUAUGGGAAAAACGCAAAUAUGGGGAAAACGCAAAUAUGGGGAAAACGCAAAUAUGGGAAAAACGCAAAUAUGGGAAAAAAGCAAAUAUGGGAAAAACGCAAAUAUGGGGAAAACGAAAAUAUGGGGAAAACGCAAAUAUGGGGAAAACGCAAAUAUGGGUAAAACGAAAAUAUGGGAAAAACGCAAAUAUGGGAAAAACGCAAAUAUGGGAAAAACGAAAAUAUGGGAAAAACGAAAAUAUGGGAAAAACGAAAAUAUGGGAAAAACGAAAAUAUGGGAAAAACGAAAAUAUGGGAAAAACGAAAAUAUGGGACAAACGAAAAUAUGGGACAAACGCAAAUAUGGGAAAAACGCAAAUAUGGGAAAAACGCAAAUAUGGGAAAAACGCAAAUAUGGGAAAAACGCAAAUAUGGGAAAAACGCAAAUAUGGGACAAACGCAAAUAUGGGACAAACGCAGAUAUGA